AGAGUAUUGACGUUGCUUUGUUUUGUCUAUUUUUAGUCUGUCGGGGGGGUGAUGUCACCGUUUGCCAAGAAUUUCGGCAGGGCUUCCCUCAACCUUCGGCGACCACCGUCGAUGACUCAUCCCACCGUCGGCUUGCACACAGCGCGGGCCACGAGCAGAAGGGACCGCUCUUAGCGAAGUGUGUUCUUUGGUGAUUUUGCCGUCCAUCGGGAAGCAGACGCGCGUUCGCGCGCGUGUGUGUGUGUGCUCGUGUUUUGUCCCCCCCAAAAAGCCUAUCGCCAUGUACUGCACGACAACGGCCAGCAGCAACGAAUCAGCCGAUCUGAGGAUGUCCGUCGCCGAUAUCCUAUCGUCGAUGGCGAGCGGGACCAAUGGAAUACCAGAUAGUCCGGUGACGACCACGUUCUCUGGCUUCGGCGGCCUCACCUCGGGCAUCCCGACGCGCACAACGGCCACUCUGACGCCGACCACGCUGAAGAACAUUGAGGAAUCCUUUCUGGAACUCCAGUCCGUGCCCCCGGCGCCCAUGGAGCAUCAGCACCAGGCGGGGUUCGUGCCUCCGGUGGUGAACAUCGCCCAGUACCAGCAGCAGCAGCAGCAGCACCAUAGCAAUAGCUUGGGCCAGGGUUCGCCGUGCGUCGUGGUGAAGCAGGAGGUGGAGGAGGACUGGCUGCCGGCCUGCACGCAGCAGCAGCAGAUGCAGAUAAUGACAGUGCACUGUGGGAGCAGCGGCGGCAGUGUGGGCAACAGCGGCAACGACGGUUCCCGGCACUCGAGCGGAGGUGCCACGGCGUCUCCGCCGGUCCAGGAGAAGUCCAAGCGGAGUGGCGGAGGACGCAGGCCCAACAGGAGCGAGAAGUUGAGCCCGGAGGAAGAAGAGCGGAGGCGGGUCAGGAGGGAACGCAACAAACUGGCGGCUGCUCGAUGUCGGAAGCGGCGCAUGGACCACACCAACAGCCUGAUUAAGGAGACGGAGGGCCUCGAAGACAAGCGCAGUGCCCUGCAGUCCGAGAUCCAGGCGCUGCGGCACCAAAAGGACGAACUCCAGUUCCUCCUCGAAGCCCACCGCGCCACCUGCAAGGAACUCCACCUCCGCGCCUCCAACACCACCGCGUCGUCGUUACCGCCGACCAGCCAGCAGAUGACCACCGGUCACGCCCAGUCCCAGCAGCAGCAGCAGCAGCAGCUUCGUCAGCAGCAGCAGCAACAACAGCAGCAGCAACAGCAGAGCCCAUUCCGCAGCCACCAGCUUCAGCGGAAGCCCUCGUCACCAGGCCGCGCCGCUCCCAAGUUCCCCCGGCCGACGUCGCUGGCAGUCUCGUCAGCGUUCACGAACUCGGACGGCACAAGCGCCCUGGGCAUGGCGUCGCAUGUGUCGAGCGAGGUGGCGGGGGUGCCCAUCCAGACGCCGUCCGCGGGCAUGUUCAGCUUCGAGUCGCUGGUGGAGGGCACGGGGCUGACUCCGUCGGGGACCACGCCGCUUGGCUGCUUCAACUCGCCAAUGACGUCUUGCGCGGGCCAGCAGCGCAGCUCUAGCAGCGACCUGUCCAGUCCAGACACCAUCAACCCGCCCAAGCUGGUGUCACUCUGACGGCCGGAGGAAGGCCGGUGUCGCACCGUUCCGCCAUAGGCACGUUUCGCAGGGACUCGGCGCACGGAAGGCUGCCCGUGCCAGUCUGUAAACCCUUUUUUUUUUUUUUUUUUUCACUUUAGGGUUUGGUUUUUGUGCAUGCUAAGAAGGGGUCACUGCACGAUUGCGGUUUGUGCGCAAUUCUAGUUUGUGUCCGACUCCGGUUUGUGUUCAACGCUGUUUUUUUUCUUCCGAUAUCCGGUUUGUGCAUUGGACUUUCUAGAAAAAAUUAUAAUUGUCUUUUUUUUUCUUCGUUCAAGGUCUUACUGGUGGAUCUGUUUCGACGGCACGUAGGUGGUUUAUUUCGAAAAUUUAGGCCAAGCAUACUUCAUGCGUUGGAAACCGCACCACGGAAAACGCGAAAGCACACUGGUGCAAAGCUGCGUCGGUCUUGGUUUGAGGCUGCGUUUCUACCUGGCAUCUUCUGCAUGUCCUAAAGAGAGUUUGAAUGCUUGCAAGCAUGGUCCGUGCUUAAAAACGGUGGCUCGAGCAGUUCUACAUUAGUACUCGAUCGUUCCAACCCAGGUGCACAGAGACCUUGUUGUGGAUCUUGUCAGAAAAAUCCACUUCAAUGCAACAUAGGCUCUUUUUUUUUUUUUUUUUUUUUUUAUUGCCGUGGGGAUGGGCGUUUUCAAUGUUUCCUGUUUUUGCACCGGUAGGAGAUUUGGAGGAAGCCUUUAAUGCUGAAGAUCAGUGAAACAAGCCCAGUUUAAAUGGAUCUAUGGGAUGUCCCAUUUUACAUCCGGCACAGAAGAGUGCAUUCAGAUGUUUUUGUACAGUUGAGCUCAAUUUAUAAAGAAAGAGAAAUGGAGCAUGUUGGUUGAAGACUUUUUAGUAUGGCAGAUGCAUUAAGGGACAAAGAGCACAUAAGCGGGUGUUUGCGUGUUCUGUGCCCCUUCUUGCGUUCGUCAAACUCCAGUUCGGAGCUCAAUUUGUGCGACUUGCAAUUUACAGAGCUAUUGAUUUCUUUUUUGCUGUACAGAUUUUAAUGUCGUGCUGCAUACUAAUUUUUUUUUUUUGCAUCCAACAAGAAAGGUUAAUUGUACAGUGGAAAGGGUGACUGCCUAAUUAGUGCCCAUUGAUAAAGAAUUGGGAAGGGAGGGGCUUCAUGCAUUACCUUGUGCAAGCUUUCAGUUGCCUUUGUACACCUAGCAACUGGUGUGGUUAGGCCAUGGUAAGAGUGAUAUUUUUCGAGUGACAUGGUGCCAACUGUCCUCAAGAUCAUUUGUGUUGCUCAAUGGUGCACCCAAGAAAAAUGUACUUGCAGUGUUUUUGUGACUCGGGUAUACCCCUCGGAGACAGAAAACUGUCCUUGCCAAUGGGUUGCGGCCUUGCACUAGAAAACAGUAAACAGUAGAUUAAUUUUUGAUGCCACCACGAACCAUCAAAGCGACGCCUAGUUAUAUUACUCUACCAUCAAGCGCCUAGUGCCGACCCGACUGUCCAGCGGUGCAGGCAGCCAUUACGAAAACGCAUCCUCCAGAAGCUUCGAAGCAUCGAGGCAUUGCUGUGUACGUUGCUAGUCCACUCAGAUUUGAGGCCAUCGUGUAAUUGCCGACUUUCCGGUUAUCCAUAUUAGCAAUAGGGGAUGUUCGCAUGUGCAAAUGUGUCUGACCCAGAGUUAUCUUAACCUUGUCAUCUAGUGUAUGAAUGUCUUUCCCUAAUUUUUUUUUUUAAAACAUUUACAUGUUUCUUGUUUUGCUUUAGAUUCAUUGUCACAAUUCAUUGUCACAUCACCCCCAUCUUUUAUGGUCCGAUGCAUUGUAACUGUUUCGCGGCACUAGCUCAGAUUAUCAGCAACACUGCUUGAAUCUCGGAGGCACGUUGAGAACCCUUCCACUGCGUGAGAGUUGGUUGGCUAUGUAGCAUGUUAUGCUGGAGACAUGGUUGACCUGGACUACAUGCUGUACAGGAUGCUUAGCUUGAUCUAGGAGCUGUUACAGGUCCAUUUGCAGCUAAAUUUUUAUAUAGUGCCACAAGACUGUUUUCUCUUCCCGAAGUGCUACAGUUUAAUCCCGCAUAGCGUAUAUAUUUUUAAUAAGGAAUCUAUGACAUGACAAUAAUAUAUGCAUAUAUUGAUAUUUUACAGAGGAAGCAAUAACUGUUUUAAGACUGGCAGCCCAUAGAUCGCGUGUCCACAUCUCCCGUCGAGUCCUCAAUGCUCAGGUCAAUUGAAAUGGCGCUGAAUGUUCUUGUGGAAUGUUUUUGUUUUGAAACUACCAAAGAUGGUGCGAACGAUUUGUUUUGUUUUUCUCUCGGCCUGCGGUCGUGGGAACCACGGGCAGGCCAGUCAUUCUCAUUGUGUUGUCUCGAGAAAUGGUUUUUGUUAUAGGUUCUUAUUUAUUUGCUUCAGCUUUGUCUUGUUUUUGGUGGAACAAAUCCAGUGCGUUGGCGUUUUGUUUAUUAGUUUUGGUCGUCGUCUUUCAUGCUGCAUUUAAACACCACGAGAUUCAUUCUGACAGUGUGCCUGCUUCACUGCUUUUAAUUGAGAGACCACGUAAUAUUUUUAUACAUGCACACAUGUAUGGCUUCUUGGAAUUCCAAAUAAAGCUUGUGCGAAUCUGCCA